CUGGUUAACGUUUGACCAGACAGGAUGAAGCUGUUUCUGAUCACUGUGAAGUCUGUGAGUCACUCGAGCUCUCCAGUUCAGACUGUGAUCAUGACAGCCAUGAUGCAUCUGCUGCUGCUGAUCCUGCUCGGCAUUGCUGCAGGGACGGAUCUGGAGGAGAAGAAGGGCCCGUUUGAGAACACAGUGCUGGAGGUUCUGGAGGGAACGCCGGUACCGUUCGCUAUAUAUCAGUUCCAGGUGGGUGAUCCAGAUGUCAACAGCUUCCGGCUGAGCGGUGAAGGUAAAGAUGACGUUCGCAUGUCAAAGGACGGUUGGCUUUACCUGGAGAAUCCUCUGGACUGGUCUCGAGAAGAUAACUACAUUAUCAAGGUGGAGGCAUUAGCAAAUGACAAGGUGGUUGAUGGCCCAAUUUACGUGACGAUAAACGUGCUGGACGUCAACAACAACGCUCCAUUCUUCAACCAGAGCAGCUACGCGGCGAUGGUCCGGGAGAAUAGUCCAGCAGGUGUCCCGUUCACCAGAGUGUUUGCUUUGGAUCGGGACGACCCGACGACUCCCAACGCUGACCUGAGAUACAGUCUGGUCAGCCAGAUCCCCAACAUGAACCACGUCCCCCUGUUCCAGAUCGACCCCAACACCGGAGAGAUCUCCACCACCGAAGAAGGGCAGCAGAUGCUGAAGGCCAGAGAGGGAAUCCUGUACAGCCGAGGAGAAAACCAGGGCGCCGACGCUCUCAAGAUGAAGUUUAACGAGUACUGUCCAGACCCCAAUGUCCCCUAUGAGGACAACCCCUUCUACACCUGUGUGGAGAGAGCAGAGAUGAGGAGGCGGAACGUAAACCCCCUGGAGGACCCCGACUACACCCUGAUCGUACGAGUUCAGGACCUGGCCGGAGCUUCAGAGACGGCGCUGACCGGAAACACCAGAGUUCACAUCGUGGUGCAGGAAAACCUCUGGGUCAGCCCCGGACCGAUACAUGUAGUGGAGAACUGGAAGACUAGCUAUCCUCAGGUCAUCGCAAAGGUCCAGUCUAACGAACCCAACGCCGUCUACUCGAUAGUGCAGAAAGAGCGACAGCUGAAAUUCCCCUUCAUGAUCACAGAAAAUGGAGAAAUCAUGCUGACGGAGGAGCUGGACAGAGAAGACAAGGACAUGUACACCCUGGUGGUGUUUGCUAAAGACAACCAUGACAAAGAGGUGGAUCCGCCCAUGGAGAUUUACGUCGUGGUGGAUGAUGUGAACGAUAAUGAACCGAAGUGUGAGGAGGAGGAGAGUGUGUUCGAGGUGCAGGAGGACGAGCCUUCAGGCUCCCUGGUCGGACAGCUGCUCGUCCAUGACGACGACAAAGAAGGAACUCUGAACUCCCAGCUGAGCUACGAGAUCAUGUUCCAGUUUCCAGCCACCGAGAACACCUUCCUCAUCGACGGCACCAACGGAAAGAUCCAGGCGCUGCGAUCCCUGCGACGAAAAGAGCAGCCCACCUACAGCCUCGACGUCAGAGUCUCUGACUCAGAUUUCAGCACGAUCUGUAAGGUCGUCAUCAAGGUCAUUGACGUGAACAACGAGAUGCCCCUGUUUGAGAUGACCGAUUAUGGCAGCUACACUCUGGCCGAGGACACUCCUGUGGGACACACUGUGUUGACCAUCAACGCGACAGAUGCUGAUGAUCCAGACAGUGGCAGCUCCAUCAUCGAGUUCCACAUCUCCGCUGGCGAUGACGACAAAGUGUUCACCGUGGAAACCGAUGGCAAAGGCAUCGGCCAUGUGGUCAUAGCUAAGCCUCUGGACUUCGAGUCUUCUACCAUCUACAAGCUAAAGAUUGAUGCUCGUAACCCGGAGCCCCUGAUGAAAGGUCUGGAGUACGGCAGCGAGUCCACCGCCUACGUCUCUGUUUUCAUCACCGACAUCGACGAGGUCCCAGAGUUCAGCCUGGACGUCCUCGACGCGACGGUACCCGAGAACACCACCAAGGGAUCAGUGCUGCUCACCGUGGACGCAAAGGACCCGGAGGGCAAAGAGAUCGGUUUUAAGUUGGAAGGUGACUCUAAAGACUGGCUGGAGAUCGAUGCUGACACAGGAGAAAUAAAGACCAAACAGAAGCUGGACAGAGAGAUUCUGGAGAGCUUUGAAGUCACCGUCACUGCCUUUGAGAAAGCGAACCCGGAGAUGUCUGCCGAGCGUGUCGUGCACGUGAGGCUGCUGGAUGUGAACGACAACUACCCCAGACUGGUGGAGACUCAGGGCUUCAUCUGCGUUGGGAAACCCAAACCUGUCGUCAUCAAAGCCGUGGACCCAGACAGCGACCCCUACUCCCAACCGUUCACCUUCGCCUUGGCCACCAACAACAACAAGAAAUCACCCAACUGGAACCUGCGCCAAAUCGACGAUACAACGGCUGAACUGAGCCUGAAGAGAAACCCGACUGAAGAUAGAACCAUCACGCUUCAAAUUAACAUUAAAGACAAUGCCGGCAUGGGACUCACACAUGCGUUCCAGAUGAGAGUAUGUAACUGCACAGAGCUGGGCUACUGCUACAUGGAGCCAGGUGUGCAUGGAUUCAAAUAUGGAAUGGGAGCCACCGUUGGGAUCCUGGUGGGCGUUAUAGGCUUCUGUGUUCUCGUCUUCAUCGUGGUGAUCAAACGCGUAAAUCAAGGACGCAAGAAGAAAGCAGAAGAGGAGGAGACGAUGAUGCAGUAGAGACAUGCACGCCACUUUUAUUUAUAUACCCCAAUGUCAUCAAUCACGAAUAUGCCUACAGCAUGUGCAGCACAAAACACCGUCCGUCCUCAGACACGAUGCAGACGAUGAGAAGCCCGACUGUAACAUUAACCCUAAUACCCACUGGUUUUAUGGUGCAAGUGCAACGUCUGAGCAGAAACCACGGACAAAAUUAGACUCCACAGCCACCUCAGGGUUAUUUACUGUCUUCUUUUCUGCCAAAUACAUAUAGAAAAUUACACAAAUAGACAGAAUCAACCCACAAAAUCCCUUGUAGGAAAUGAAGACUUCACCCUAAAAGCAAAUACAAAUUAUUUUUACAGUGCGUUUUCAAUGUCUGACCAAAAACUACAGAUGCAAAUUUGACUUUAAAGAUAUUCAGGUAUAUUUACCAUCUAUGUAUCUAUCUGUUGUUAAAAAAAAAAAAAAAAAAAAAGCUAUUAAAAUUACAUUACUAAGUGAACAAAACCCCAAAAAAUCCUUGUAAGAUGUGAGGAAAUACACUCUUAACAAUAAAAUUAACCCUAAAACCCCAUCUUAAAUGUUUUUAUGGUGCCUUUUCAGUGUCUAACUAAAGACUAUGGAUGCAACUGAGACUUUAAAGCAGGCUCAGGUUUAUUUACAGUCUAUUUUUUGUCAAAUAAACCUAUAAAAUUACAUUAAAAAGUGAACAAAGACUCAAUAAUUCUCUUGUAAACCCCAUCUUAAGCAAUUUGAGGUUGCCUUUUGGAUGUAUGACCAGAGAUUAUGGAUGCAAAUUAGACUUUCCAGCCAACUCAGGUUUAUUUACAGUCUAUUUUCUGCUGAAUAAACCUGUAAAAUUACAUAAAUAUUUGAAUAAACUCCUUAAAACUACAGAGAACUAUGGUCAUUCAUUCCUAACUAUAAAAUUAACCCUAAACCCCCAUUUCAAACACUUUAAGUUGCCUUUUCAAUGUCUGACAAUGAACUACAGAUGCAAAUUUGACUUUAUAUCAAACUUAGGUUUAUUUACAGUCUAUUUUUGGUCAAAUAAACCUAUAAAAUUACAUUAAAAAGUGAACAAAGACCCAAAAAUUCCCUUGCAAAGCACUUUUAAGUUUCCUUUUCAACGUCAGACCAGAGAUUAUGGAUGCAAACUAGACUUUCUAACCAACUUAGGUUCAUUUACAGUCUAUUUUAUGCUAAAUAAACCUGUAAAAUUACAUAAUUAUAUGAAUAAACCCCUAAAAAUCCCUUGUAAGGAGUGUGAACUUAACUCAUUCUCUUGUAACUGUAAAAUUAACCCUGAAACCACCUUGUGAACGUUUUUAUGUUGCUUUUUCGAUGUCUGAAGAGGGACUAUGGAUGCAAGUUUAACAUUUUUUCUGCUUAAUAAAUCUAUAAAAUUACAUAAUUAGGUGAAGAAACCCUCUCUAACCUCUUGUAAGAAGUAAAAACUGUAAUUAUUUUUGCAUAAAAACCUUCACUCUCUAAGGUUAAAACUCAAAUUUCCUCAUCAAUACAGCCACACACAUUGACUUUGGCUCAUUUUAUUAUAUUUAGGAGAUGAUUAUUCGGUAUUGUGCAUGCUUAACUAAACUGGUAGGUGGUUCUUAAUGCCGACAGCUGCUAAUCAUGCAUUUAUGCAACUUGUUGACUUAAUGUAUUCAAAAUUCACUCCCAGACUCUGGUGGUUUCAUUAGCAGCUUCUCCCAUGAUUCAAUUAGGCUUUUUUUUUCUUUCAUUCUUUCUUUGUUGUUGUUGUUGUUGUGUUAUUCCCAAAUGUGCCGGCCAACUGUUGAAUCUUAUGCAACAGUUGGAAGCGUCGUGUGAUGUGAGAGCAAAGCGCCUGUUUCAUGAGUUGUUUUGUUAAAGGGCCGUUCACGGCUCCGUUUCCCAAUAAACAAAGAAACUUGG